AUGGCGGUCGAAAUCCUGGAUUUCCCCGUCGAGAUACUCGAAAUGAUCUUCUUCGAAGCCAUCCAUCCGUGGGAAGACGGCAUCGACAAGAUUAUGGACUAUGAGACAGGCCUCUGUAUUGCUCUCACGUGCAAGAGAUUCAACCUCGUUGUUCGACAUGUGUUGUACCGGCGAAUCGAGCUGGGCACGCCAGAUCUCGAUCCUAUCAGCAAACCGGCUGAAGGACUGUUGCAGGCUCUGUCCUGGUACCCUGACUUGCAACCCACGUGCCAGUCCUUUCAAAUUUACCUCGGACAAGAAGCCUUCCAGCAAAAGACAUUCAAAACAAUCGGCAAGCUGGUGUCUUUGCUUCAUCGCGUGCGCGUCUUCGAAGUUGCUGGGAGCAACGAUCAUCCAUUGACGUGGCUGCUACUCCUGAAAGCCAUACAAAUGAAGACUGUGGAGGAGAUUCGAGCUGAUGGCUGCUUUGCACCUGGUCGAGAGGCAUUCAAGAUCCGAAGGCGAGAUGUCUGGGCCAUGAGAAUGGCUGCUCUUGGGGACAAUAUUCCUGGAACUGUUGCGGAUUUUCUCGACACUCAGAAUGAAAAUGGAACACUCCCUGUUAUCAAGACCGCGAAGUUCAACGGAUUCAGCCAGACCCCACUACUACUGCAGGAGAUCCUGACCUGGUUCAACGGACUCGAGCAUUUUGCCUUUACACAGAAUCGCCCGUAUGCCUUGUACUACAGGUGGAACCACACCAACCUCGAAGCGGCUCUCAACCGUCACAAGGAGACGUUGAAGUCAAUUCAGGUCCACCAGGGAAUGCUCAGCUUGGCUGGCCUUUUAGACCUGACAAGCUACACAAAUCUGAGGGUUCUCAAUCUCUCAUUCCGCAACAUCUUAGUUGAAUCGCCCGAGGACGCCGCGGCCAGACUCCUUGCACCGAAUCUUGAGCUAUUAGUGUUCGACUUCUGGACACUCGUCCGCGGGAAGGCCAAAUACAACUGUAUUGAGAAGCGCGACGAAGAGUGGUUAGUGCAAUUCGGAGAUCAUGCGUCCAAAGUACGAAAGUCUCUUCCCAGGGUGCAUGCCAAAAUCCCCGCCUACGCGUUUCAAGGCACCGAGAAGGAGCUUUGGGACGCCCGCUGCACGUUUGAGGAUCUCGACAAUAUCCAGGACGAGCUGCAGGGAUAUGGCGUUGACUUCACAUACGACGACCCUCCUGUCUCAAAAGAAGAGUUUCGGGAAUGGAUACGAGACAAGGAUGAGAUGGACCUGCUUGGGGGACUUUGGAGAUACAUGAAUCGCUACGCUGCAUACCACUCAGACGAAUCAGAUUCGGGGUUUGAAUCUGGCACACUGGAUACCAAAGAACAUGACGAAGUGCCCCAGGAAUCUCCAGACAAAUUGGAUAAUGAGGCUGAUAACGAGGCCCAGACUUGA